AUGGCAGCGAUUACAACAGGCACUUCUUUCAAGGCCCUCGAUGCCGAUUACAACUUUUCCCAUGCUGCUAAGACUGUUCGCGUUGCUGCUGCCCAAGGUGCUUCACUGGCUGUCCUGCCAGAGUAUCAUUUGACUGGCUGGGUCCCGGAAGAGCCAUCCUUUGCCCUAACGGCCGAAAACGCCCUCAAAUUCCGACGAAAAUACCAAGAAUUGGCUGCAGAGCUUCACAUCAACAUCUGUGCCGGUACUAUUGUUUCUGAAGCACCCAAAAACAGCUCCUCUCAGGAGGAUACCAAGGAUACAAAACGAACCCUCCUCAAUACAUCCGACUUUAUUGACCACAACGGUCAUCUUCUUGGCUCCUACACCAAAACGAAUUUGUGGAUCCCCGAGCGGCAGACCUUGACGUCGUUUGUCGAACAUGCUCGUCAGGUAGCAAAAGAAGGGAAUCCGGCACCGAAUCCCCAUCAAAUUAUCAAUUCUCCCCUCGGACCCGUUGGUAUAUUGGUCUGCUGGGACCUAGCCUUCCCCGAAGCUUUCCGGCUACUGGUUUUAGCUGGUGCGAAAAUUAUCAUCAUCCCCUCCUACUGGACAUCGGCAGAUAUGUGCGGCGAGGGACUUGCAUACAACCCAGACUGCGAGAAGAUGUUUGUGCAAAAUGCCCUUGUUACUCGCGCAUUCGAGAACACAGCUGCAGUUAUCUAUUGUAAUUCUGGUGGCCCUGCAGAGGAGGGAUUCUUUGGCUGCAGUCAAGUCGUGUUGCCUAUCGUCGGAACUGUGCCUGGAAGCUUCAGUGACAGCGAGGAAGGGAUGCGCAUCAUAGAAGUGGACAUGCGGACGGUGGAAAUCGCGGAGAAAAACUACCAGAUUCGCGAGGACCUGGGGAGAGAGGAUUGGCAUUAUGGAUAUUCGAAAUCUCAUUUGUAG